AGAACUUUAGAAAUGUGCAAGAGCAAACCCUUGUUAAGAAUUAUGCAAGCGAUAACCCUCAUCAUAUUUUGAAUACUUAGAUGAAGUUGACCAAUCAUCACACAAACACGCUGCCAGCCUCUUCAUUCGCGUGUGACAUGUGAAAAAAUAUCAACACUUUUCAAUCUUCGAAAGUUCAACGAGGGGUUUUCUACCUCCACAUAGUCGCCCGCGUUGUUCAUCGCUAAACCAAUAUUCAACGUCUUCGUUGAACCACUUGACCCUCAUUUUCUGCUCUUUCUUCCUUCACCGUUGAUCUCUAAUAGUUAUGGACCCAUCACAUCUGAUGUUUCCUAAAAGAGAGAGAGACUCACAAUAUCAAUUAAGUUCAAAGUGUCGAAUCACCCAAAAUGAUGAGCUCUCUUCUUUUGGAACAAGCCCGCAACAUCAACCAUUUCAAGUAACCUAUAAUUGUGGACCAUCUUUUUCUAAAACGGGCCUACAACUUAAACCACGUGGACCUUCCUCUUCUAAAACGGGCUCACAACUUAAACCAUUUCAAGUAAACCAAAAUUGUAAAGCGUCCUCUUCUAAACCAUUUAAAGUCUCCAACAAGAUAAUAUCUUCUGGAAACUUUAACACUAAGAAAACAUCCCCAAAGGUUCAAAGAACCACGGAACUUAAGAAUACUAACUCACCACUAUUCAAAAUCUCCAAUAAGAAAGAUGGAGCUAAGCAAAAACCUUUACGAUGUCAUUCUGAUGAUGCAUCUUCAAGUUACAUAAUUGACAAAGAGAAACAAACCACAACCUUCGAAAACCAGUCUUCGUUGAUAUCUCAUAGCAGGGCAAAGAACAAAGUAGAAUGUGCAUUGAAGCUUUUCCAAACCUAUGUUAGUGAAUCUAAUCUUUUUGGUUAUUCAAUUCCUAUAGAAGCGUCAAGAAUUUUGAAGCGCAGAGGCAAGUUUAUUCAUGACGGGAAAAAGAUUAUAGGAGAUGUCCCUGGAAUAGAAGUUGGCGAUGAGUUUCAGUAUUUUGAAGUACUCAACGUUGUUGGUCUCCAUCGUAAGAUCUUCAAUGGAAUUGAUCAUGUGAGAUGCAAUGGGAUGUUUAUUGCAACUAGCGUUGUUUCAUGUCGAUUAUAUGAUGAUAAAUUGGAUGAUGCAGAAUUGGUGAUUUCUACAGGAGAACAAGGUAAUGUUAUUAAUAAUCAAAAUCAACCUCGAGAAAAUCUUGCAUUGAUGUAUAGUUUAUAUGCUGAAAAUCCUGUUAGAGUUAUAAUUAAGUUAAAUUCCAAGAAUGCCAGUGGUAGUGUUAAUGGUGGUGAAAAAUAUUGUUAUUUUGGUCUUUACAAGGUUGUUAGGUUUUGGCAAGUAAUUGGAAAAUCAGGUUACAAGUUUCUUUUGGUUAAAUCACCUGAUCAGAAAAAGGUUGCUUGCAAUGAUAUGAGGAAGCGUAAACAAAUUCUUAAAAGGGAAAAGUGUUUGAAUUAUUUUGAAGAUAUUUCUCACGGAAAAGAGGAUUUUCAUAUACCUAUGAUUAAUUGUGUAGAUUCUGAAGGUGUUCCAAAUUUUCAAUAUGUUACUCAUAUGGUUAAUCUUGAACGGUAUAAGUCUAAAAAGUAUAGUCCUCUUAAAGGCAAUGUUGGGUGUGAAUGUGUUGGUAAUUGUUCUGAUUCUGAUAAAUGUUCUUGUGCUAUGAAGAAUAGAGGAAAAUUUCCAUUUAAUAGGAAUGGAAUUGUUGAGGAAACAAAAAAGGACAUGAUUUAUGAGUGUGGUCAUUUUUGUAAGUGUUCUUCGAAUUGUCGUAAUAGAGUUUCUCAAAAUGGAAUUAAAUUUCCUCUUGAGAUUUUCAAGACUGAGACAAAAGGGUGGGGUGUGCGAUCAAAAAAGAAAAUUCCUUCAGGAAGUUUUAUAUGUGAGUAUUUAGGUGAAAUGAUUGAAGAUGAGCAAGCUGUGAAAAUGAUCGACAACGACGAGUAUCUAUUUAACAUUGGUAACACAAAUCACAAGGAUGGUGUGUUUACAAUUGAUGCUUCUAAGUAUGGUAAUAUGGCGAGAUUUAUCAACCAUAGUUGUUCUCCGAAUUUGUUUUGUUUGAAUGUUCUUUUUGAUCAUGAUGAUGUUAGGAUUCCACACAUCAUGCUAUUUGCAGCUGAGGACAUUCCACGAAAGACAGAGCUGACCUACCAUUAUAAUUAUAAAAUAGAUCAAGUGGUUGAUAAUGGAGUUGUAAAAAAGAAGUAUUGCUAUUGUGGAGCCUCCAACUGCAUUGGUAGACUGUAUUAAUGAGUUUAUUAAAAAAGGUUACAUUCAAGCCUAGAAGUUCUAGAUUUCAUUAUCUCUACAACAAAUUUUUCUUUUGACUUUAUUUCUAUGGCAAUUGCAAUGUCAACAAAAACAAUAGGUUGGUUAUAUACAGGAGUGUAACUACUUUUGCGUACAUUUUUGUAGAUGAAAUUGAACAUGUAUGAUUUAGAUUUGUGCUAGUAUUGCAUUUCUCAUUGGCCAAAUGUUCUUAAAGUGGUGCUAGUUGUGUUUCCUUUAUAUCAACAAAUUGAAUGUCAUGUAUUAUUAUCUAUAACUUUUGUUAUGCUAUGUAAGUAAUGUUAGUGUUGGCUAGUA